AGAGCGUUUCUGUCUGUGUGUCAGAUGUCAACGACUUCAGAGGAAAAGUGGAAAAGAGCUCUGACCGAGAUCCUUGAAGAACUCGAUGGGUCACAGUACAAUAAGAUGAUGUUUAUUCUGUCGGAUAUCCCCAAACAUGUAAGGACCACCAAGUCCAGAGAAGAGAUGCCCCAAGUAAUCAUCGAGCACUACGGAGUGGAAACAUCUGUCCUUAAAAUCCAUGAAAUAAUGGAUCGGAUACCUCGGAGGGACCCAAAAGUUCAGGGCCGACUGCGCCCCUUUGUGGAAAGACUGGAGAAGAAACAGGAGGAUGAGAGAAGAGGCGAGCAGAAAAGCUGCCAGCCUGUCGGAGUGAAAUCAUCAUCAUCAGCACUGAAGCGCUCCCUCCGUCAGACUGAUCCUGGGACAGCAGAAAAGUCCAAGAAGAAGAUGGAAAACAGAGAUGCAUCCAAGACUCACAAGACUGAUCCUGUCGGCACAAUGAAGCCCAAAAAGAAGAAGACGCAGAACAACGAUUUAUCUAUGAAGUCAGCUGAAACCACAAACGCUCCCGAGUCUGAUUGUUCAGAACCAUCAGAGGCUAAACUGGAGGAGCCAGCGAACAGUGAUUCAUCCCUGAAUUUGAAUGGAGCCACCAAUGAGGUUCAGAGUGCACCUGUCCACACUGGGAGAGUUAAAAUCAAAGCAGUCAAAUCCUUCAAUACACGCAACACUCACCUGGUGGUGGAAGUAAAAAAGCAGCUGAAGGAGUGUUUUGUGAGCACUCGUCUCCUGGCAGAGGCACUUGGCUACAAAAUGGAUGAAGGCGUUGAAGCCAGAAUCCGCGAGGCAGUGCCGAUCUCAGCGAAGGCUAAUAUGCAAGGAAAGAAAAUUACGGCCAUUGAAAAGGUGUAAAAAUGUAUUUUUAUGAUUAUUUAAUUUUACCUGUCUCACUCUGUUUCUCUUAGCUCAUGGUGUAAAUGACCAUUAAAUGGUCACACAUAUUUCUUACAUGCAUAGUUAUGUGUUGUGGACGAUGAAGUAAUCACUAACAUUACACAUGAAAGAGCUUUUCUACUUUUUGUUUGUAAUUACCAAAAAUCAUUGAGACCAAAAUGAGAAAAUGGAAUCUCUCUUCACUUUUUUGCUUCUGUACAUACAUUUUUAAAAUUUUACAUAGCAAAUACAGUCGUCUUUGCUCUGCCUGACUGAUAAUGACUUCCUGUUAAAUGGUGAAUGAUAAACGGUGUUACCUUUAAUGUUAGAUGAUUUUCUUCCAAUCCUUUCUUUUGCUAACUGUACUGUUACUUUAAAAGCAGUUCAGUAGACAGUUUGAAUGUCGAGGCCUUUUUUUUGCUGGUUGUACUUUUUGACCAGGUUUUGAUUUUGCUUCCAAACACCGGUUACAGGUCUGUUUGGUGUUCUUGAGGUUUUGUGUCUGAACCAUUUCUUUAUCAUCACACUACAUUAAAGCUGUGUUUCCUGUUCUCUUUGGCUUGUUGAAUAUUCAGUAGUUUUUUCUGUUUCUGGUUUUAAAAAAAAUUUAAUUAAACCCACUUGUCUCCCUCAUAUGAUCACACAGGCCUGUGCCCUGCAGUGUUUCAGGCUUAUUUGUUCGGAAAAUUCAUCAUCUGCAAUAAAAUAAUUUAUACUCUU